CCCCAACUUAGUGUGUACCACGCUAAAUCAGCAGCGUGUCUCCAAGACAGAAGUGAGAAUAGCAUGAAGGUGACCAAGGUGAUCGUGGCGCUGGCUGCGCUGUGUAUGGCGCUGUUGACGCCUGCAGCAAGCAGUAGAGGAACCUCAGACAUCGCGAGCGAUUCUGCCAAUCGUCAUUUGCGUCAGGAGAGCGAUCAGUUCGCUGCGAAGCCUAAAGCAGAAGUAGUGAAGAAGGACUCGACGAACCCGCUACAACGUCGCGAUCCGGCCCUCGUGUCCGCCCACCGCGUGUACGACCCAGUAUCAGGACUGGCAUGUUCACUAGUGGGAGAAUGUAUGGCGUGUCCGACGUCCGAGAAGGACGAGAGCUUCUGCCGCGAGACGGGAUAUCGUCAAGAGCUGGACUGCCCUCGACCGAAAGACCCCAAGGACGCUGCGCUGCUCACCAAGCCAGAAGAUGAGCGGGAGACGAGGUUCAAGGCUUGUUCACCUGCAGAUACAUCUCGACCAGGCGUCGCAGUGGUGAAAUUUGAGGCGCUGAUGUCAGUGAUAUUAGCUGUGUCGGUAAUAUUACUGCGACGUGAGCGAGGAAAGCACAUGAGCUCGUUCGACAUGCGGAAAGACCCACGACAACGAACAGGUCUGUUGGGUGGCGCCUCCAGCGACAAGGACUCGGACUAAAAGGGCCGCAAGUUAGCAACCAGACUCUAUAGCUCAGUGAUCAAACAGACAGAUGCAGUUAGACUAUAUGCAUCGUCGGUCCUGAUAAAAAAAAUCUCGGGACAAAAAGUCGAGUGUUCUAAACAGAAAGAAAUGUAUCACGCUUGACUGCAAGCCUCUACUUCUUUGCUCGCUUG